AUGUCUAACGUCGUCACCUCAAGACAAUUGACCCGUGCCACCCGCUACAGGCUCAACAACGGCCAGCAUAUCCCCGUUGCCGGUUUCGGCGUGUACCUUGUUCCCAAGGAGCAGGCUGAGGACUUGGUCUACGAGGCCUUGGUUCAAGGAUAUCGCCACAUCGAUAGCGCUGUCAUCUACGGCAACGAGGAGCAAUCUGCCCGUGGAAUUGAGAGGUUCAUCAAGGACAGCAACGGAAAAGUCACCAGGGGCGAUAUCUGGUUUACUACCAAGAUCUGGAACGCUGAGCAAGGGUAUGAGGAGACCAAAAAGGCUGUGCAGGGCAUUGCCAGCCGUGUCAAGAAGCACAUUGGCUACGUCGACUUGGUGUUGAUCCACUCGCCAAAGACAAGCAAGGAGAAGAGGUUGGGCACGUGGAAGGCGUUGCAGGAGUUUGUGCUUGAUCCAGCCAACGACGUGCUUCAGAUCAACACCAUUGGUGUGUCCAACUUUGGCGCCAAGCACAUUGACGAGAUUCUCAAUUGGGACGGCUUGGUGGUGCCUCCUGCUGUGGACCAAUUGGAAUUGCACCCAUGGUUGCCCCAGGUGGAGUUGAGGGAGUACUUGGCCUCGCACAACAUCUUGGCCGAGGCGUACUCGCCACUUACUCAGGGCAUCAAGUUGCAAGAUCCAGAGCUCUUGGAGUUGGAGCAGAAGUACAGGGUGCCCAAGGCUGAAAUCUUGUUGAAGUGGUCGUACCUCCAGGGUUUCAUAGUGUUGGUGAAGACCGUCAAGAAGGAGAGAAUCAAGGAGAACUUGUCUGUGUUGCCAGACGUCAAGGCUCCAGCAGAUGCUUUGGACGACACUUCUCAUAGCGGCAAGAUCGACUUGGACAUCAACAUCCUUGAGGCCUUGAACAAGCCCGACUCGCACGAGGUGUUGACCUGGGGCCACGUUGACCCAACGCAAUAUGAAGGUUGA